CCAGGCUCGUCAGUCAAGCCGGUUCUCAGUUUGCACUUGGCAGCACGGGCAGGCGAGUGGCCCCUAGUUCCAGGAACAGAGCAGCGGCACCCCAGUCCUGGUCCUCCAGCCCCAAGCCUCGCCUGCCCACCCAGCGCCAGGAUGGCCACCAUCACCUGCACCCGCUUCACAGAAGAGUACCAGCUCUUCGAGGAACUGGGAAAGGGAGCCUUCUCAGUGGUGCGCAGGUGUGUGAAGGUGCUGGCUGGCCAGGAAUAUGCUGCUAAGAUCAUCAACACUAAGAAGCUCUCGGCCAGAGACCACCAGAAGCUGGAGCGUGAAGCCCGCAUCUGCCGCCUGCUGAAGCACCCCAACAUUGUCCGGCUCCACGACAGCAUCUCCGAGGAGGGACACCAUUACCUGAUCUUUGACCUCGUCACCGGCGGGGAGCUGUUUGAAGACAUCGUGGCCCGGGAGUAUUACAGUGAGGCAGAUGCCAGUCACUGUAUCCAGCAGAUCCUGGAGGCUGUGCUGCACUGCCACCAGAUGGGGGUGGUACACCGGGACUUGAAGCCGGAGAAUCUGUUGCUGGCCUCCAAGCUCAAGGGCGCCGCAGUGAAGCUGGCGGACUUUGGCCUGGCCAUAGAGGUGGAGGGGGAACAGCAGGCAUGGUUUGGGUUCGCAGGGACACCCGGAUACCUCUCCCCAGAAGUGCUGCGGAAGGACCCGUACGGGAAGCCUGUGGAUCUGUGGGCCUGUGGGGUCAUCCUGUACAUCCUGCUGGUUGGGUAUCCCCCGUUCUGGGAUGAGGACCAGCACCGCCUGUACCAGCAGAUCAAAGCUGGCGCCUAUGAUUUCCCAUCACCAGAAUGGGACACCGUCACCCCGGAAGCCAAGGAUCUGAUCAAUAAAAUGCUGACCAUCAACCCAUCCAAACGCAUCACGGCCGCCGAGGCCCUCAAGCACCCCUGGAUCUCGCACCGGUCCACCGUGGCCUCCUGCAUGCACAGACAGGAGACCGUGGACUGCCUGAAGAAGUUCAACGCCAGGAGAAAACUCAAGGGAGCCAUCCUCACCACUAUGCUGGCCACCAGGAACUUCUCUGGCGGGAAGAGUGGAGGAAACAAGAAGAAUGAUGGUGUGAAGGAAUCUUCAGAGAGCACCAACACCACCAUUGAGGAUGAAGACACCAAAGUGCGGAAACAAGAAAUUAUAAAAGUGACAGAACAGCUGAUUGAAGCCAUAAGCAAUGGAGAUUUUGAGUCCUACACGAAGAUGUGUGACCCCGGGAUGACAGCCUUCGAACCCGAGGCCCUAGGGAACCUGGUCGAGGGCCUGGACUUCCAUCGAUUCUAUUUUGAAAACCUGUGGUCCCGGAACAGCAAGCCUGUGCACACCACCAUCCUGAAUCCCCACAUUCACCUGAUGGGUGACGAGGCGGCCUGCAUCGCCUACAUCCGCAUCACGCAGUACCUGGAUGCGGGCGGCAUCCCCCGCACGGCCCAGUCGGAAGAGACCCGCGUCUGGCACCGCCGGGAUGGCAAAUGGCAGAUCAUCCACUUCCACAGAUCGGGGGCGCCCUCCGUCCUGCCCCACUGAAGGACCAGGCUGGGGGCACUGUACCGCAGAGAUCCACCGUUCGUCCGUGGAAUGUGGCUGCUGGUUCUCCCACUUGGAUUUUGCUGGAAUUCCCCCAAUCACAUCAUCCCAUCACCACCACCAUCACCGUCACCUUCAUACCUGUGUCAAGAAAACCUGCCUGUUCGCAAAAGCCAUCACGACUUCAGAGCAAAUGGCGACAUCUCCCCGUCACCACCCGUCCCCUGCCAGGGCAGGGCUUCCUCAGGCCCACGUGCCCUGGGUGCUGGACCCGAGGACCCCCCCCUCCCCUCAGCUGUCAUUGGCCUGGUCUUGCCCUGGCCGGAAGCCACAGUGCCCAGCUGUGUAUUCAUCCAGGGGCUGGGGAGGAGGGGCGGAGCUGGGAGGAAUGUGGCAACCUCCAGAUCCUCUCCCUGAUCCCGCCUCUCCGGGGAUCCUCUAGGGAAGGGCAGAAGAACGCCCAGUCCCCCGAGCCAACCUCCCCCGGGGGAGAGGGGGAGAGAGGAGCAGAUGCCAGGAGCCUCCCGCCUCAAACUGCCUUCCUAACUCUUCUCUCAAACUGUCCUGCUCUCCUGCUCUCCAGCCGACCCUCCUCCCGCAGUGUGGGGAGCGCAGUCCUCUCAGGGUGCCCCCACUUCUUUCCUUCCUCCUUCUGCUGAAGUUUACUUCCAACACUAACUGCCCAUUCCACCCUUCCAUCAGGCCCGGAGAAUUCCAGCUUCAUCACAUCCAAGGGAGAGAAUCUGAUUGCUUUUGGGGGGCAAAAGAAAACAGCGUUUAGGUAUCACUACUACUUGGACCGCAUGCCUUUUUAUAGCCAAACUUCUGUGUGUUUCGUAAAUGGAUUUUGUGUUAAUGGAUAUUUAUGUAAUAACUAGACCUCUCAAAUUGGUGAGAAGGUCUGAGUUGGGAAGGGAGGUGGGAAGAGGGCUGAGGGGUAUUUUUUUCUGUUCUUGGUCUUUUUUUUUUUUUUUUUUUUUUUUUUUUGUGGUCAUCGCUGAGAUGGACUUUGUCACUUGUGGUUAUCUGGGGCUGAGAUGGACUCAGUCCCCGGGGGAAGGAGCUCUCUGACAUUUCAGUCCCCAGGUUUCCUUGCGGACUGGAGAAACAUCAGGUGUUAGUGCUGAUGAAGAAACAGCAAAUCAGGGCAGAGAGAGUGGGGGAAGCUGUCAGGGUGGCAGUACCUGGCCUUUACCUUGCUUGCCUCCCAAGCUGGGGUCCUUACUACCGUGCUUCCCAGGAUUUCAUCCCCCACAUCUGCACACCCCUCUCAGCGCCCCCCCACCCAGCUCUGGGGGGUUCACGAGCAUGUGUCUUCAUGCGGGUCCAAAAAGAGCGCUGGGAUUUCUCCUCUUCACACCUCCUCCUGCAGCUGUGGGUUUGCAUCUCUUUCUUCCAUUCUUUUUCCCUCUUCCCUUGGGAUUGACUCUGAUGUGGAAUGCCUUGGUACAUCCACCAGGAUCUACUGUCUGCACUGUUUUUCUUUGCAUGACUUUAUAUGCAGUAAGUAUGUUGAAA